GACUCUGUCUGAUAUGAUAUUUUAAGUUUUCCUUUCAGAUUGCAAGAUGGCAGCAACAACAGCAGCUACAUUCUCCAUUGGGUCCGUGACUGGUACCCAGACACACCAAGUUUCAAAAUUUAAGCCCCUCUGCAUGAAGUUCAACUCUGCCAACUCUCUUAAGAGUUUCAGCGGUCUCAAAGCAGCAUCAUCUUUAAGCUGUGAAUCAGAGUCGUCAUUCUUGGGCAAGGAAAGCAGUACUGCUCUUCGAGCCUCUUUUGCACGAAUGGCUGAAGAACAAAGUAGGAGAACAGAAAAUUGUGUCCAGCCGCAGGCUUCAGCUUUCAAAGUGGCUGUUCUUGGAGCUGCUGGAGGAAUUGGCCAACCCCUUGCACUUCUGAUCAAGAUGUCUCCUUUGGUCUCGGAUCUACAUCUUUAUGAUAUUGCAAAUGUUAAGGGAGUAGCAGCUGAUCUCAGUCAUUGCAAUACCCCUUCUCAAGUUCUGGACUUCACAGGUAAUGGCGAAUUGGCUAAUUCUCUGAAAGGUGUAGAUGUUGUUGUCAUACCUGCUGGAGUUCCAAGAAAGCCGGGCAUGACUCGUGAUGACCUGUUCAACAUUAAUGCCAGCAUAGUCAAGAACUUGGUUGAGGCUGUUGCAGAUAACUGCCCAGAUGCCUUCAUCCACAUCAUCAGCAACCCAGUCAAUUCUACGGUGCCAAUUGCAGCAGAAGUGUUGAAGCAGAGGGGUGUUUAUGAUCCAAAGAAGCUGUUUGGCGUUACAACUCUGGAUGUCGUUAGGGCAAACACAUUUGUUGCACAGAAGAAGAACCUGAAGCUCAUUGAUGUGGAUGUCCCAGUUGUUGGGGGACAUGCUGGGAUUACUAUUCUUCCGCUGCUCUCCAAGACAAAACCAUCUGUUAUUUUCACAGAUGAAGAAGUAGAGGAGCUCACAGUGAGGAUCCAAAAUGCUGGAACUGAAGUAGUAGAGGCAAAGGCAGGAGCAGGAUCUGCUACUCUGUCUAUGGCAUAUGCAGCAGCAAGAUUUGUUGAAUCAUCUCUUCGUGCCCUGGAUGGAGAUGCCGAUGUCUAUGAGUGCGCAUUCAUCCAGUCAGAUCUGACUGAGCUGCCUUUCUUUGCAUCGAGGGUUAAGCUUGGAAAGAAGGGUGUCGAAGCCGUGAUAUCAGCUGAUCUCCAAGGGUUGACUGAAUUCGAGGCGAAGGCCCUAGAGGUUCUUAAACCAGAACUGAAGGCCAGCAUUGAGAAAGGUGUAGCAUUUGCACAGAAGCAACCAGCGAUGGCUUGAGUUAGAUAUCUGAAGCAGAAGCUAUAACUUUAUGAGAUAGUUCAGGUGGAGAUCCAAGGCUGAGUUAGAGCAUGUAAUUGUUUUAAGUUCCAAAUUUUCGUGGGGCUUCUUCACAUUUCAUGCACCACUCUGAUGUCUUUGUUAAUUUGUUACCAUAUUGGCUUGUGUUAGACAAUAUCUAAUUCUCUGGAGAUGAAUUUCCUCUCUUUGCA